UCUCGCCUCAUCCAAGUGACUCAGUCUCCAAAGAGGGGAUAGAGGUGAGGAGAACACCGGGCAGGACGGCCUCAGCAUCUGUGACUCCAUAGCUGCCGUACAUGAUCAGAGGAGCUGGGAGAUGAUCGGCGGCCUCCUGGCUGAACUCUCACUGGGCUGACCGGCUGCCACAAACACACACACACACACACUUGUCAUUUCUUGUAUUUCCACGGAUCUUCAGCAACAUGAGCUCAGCAUCAUCCAACCUGCACAACAAACGUCUGCCCUCCGAAGCUGAGCGUGGCCAGAGGCUGCCAGAUGUGGACGCGGCACAGCAGCUUAAACUGAGGGAGAGGCAACGCUUCUUUGAGGAGGUUUUUCAGCACGAUGUGGACGCCUAUCUGUCAUCAUCACACCUCUGCAUCAGAGACUAUAAGAGACCCCCACUUGGUAGUGUCUCAUCCAUGGAGGUCAAUGUGGACAUGCUGGACCAGCUGGAGCUGACUGACAUCUCUGACCAGGAGGCUUUAGAUGUCUUUUUCAGUUCUGGUGGGGAGGAGGGAGUGCUGAUGUCGCCACUACCAGUGCAAGGAAACAACAACAACGAGGAGGUCACUGGUUAUGGACUUUUUCGACAUGUCCUUGAGAGUCUUGAUGCAAAAUCGCGAAUGUCCUCCACGUCGUCCAGCUCUUCCUCUGACAGCCAGACCUCCAAUGCCAAUGGGAGAAACACCCCUGUGGUUGGAUCAGAUGAUGAAGAAAUGCAUCCCAACACAGAGCAGAGGAGAGAGGAACCUACAGAGAGACACUAGAGUCAAAGUCAAAGCUUUAACUUCACCAAGGCCUUCCCAGAUAGCACCCUCCCAACAGUAGAUGUCCAAAUACUAUGACAUGUCUUCCACAAAGUGUCUCUCAUUGCGCUUUAACUUUGAUUUAUGAGUGAUGGGUUGGGUGCUACAUACUUUCAAGGUAUGGACCAUGAACUGUAAAUACAAAGUAAACCUAUUAGUUCUCACCUGCUCCAGUCUCGUUUUGACUUCUCUGAUGGACAGGAUGUCUCUCUCUUUUCUUUUCUUUAGCUCAAACACUGUACAGGUUAUAAUUGUUGUACAGCAUAAACACACACAGGACUGUUAUAAAUGACAUAUGAUUGGCUGAAAUGUUACAAUAAAAAGUUUUUUUUUUAACUUUUACAUGUUGAGAAUUGUACUGAAAAUUCCUAUUAUUUUGUAUCCUAUAUUUGAAGUAAAGCUCUGACCGGUUUUAUGUGUUUUAUCAAUAAAGAAAUGUUAAAAAUUAUGUGUUUUUAAGGAUCAGAAAAACACCUGCUAUGUGUUUUAUGCUGUUUCCAGACAGCCAAUAAAAGGUAUGCUUCAGGGGGAGACUUGCCACAACCAGUACCAGCAAGUCUUCCGAUUUGUGUUUUUGAAGGCUCCUCUACUUGCGGAAUAAUGGAUAAAUGAGAGAAACGGGGCGUGUGGAGAAGGAAAAUAUCUAUACAGUACAUAAAACAAAGUUAAAUAAAUCUUAGAUUUCACAAA